UCCGGGAGACCAGAUAUAGUGAAUGCAGGGUCCGGGGAGACCAGUUUAUAGUGAAUGCAGGGUCCGGGAGACAGAUAUAGAUAUAGUGAAUGCAGGGUCCGGGGAGAGCAGUUAUAGUGAAUGCAGGGUCCGGGGAGACCAGAUAAUAGUGAAUGCAGGGUCGGGGAGAGCAGAUAUAGUGAAUGCAGGGUCCGGGGAGAGCGGAUAUAGUGAAUGCAGGGUCCAGGAGACCAGAUAUAGUGAAUGCAGGGUCCAGGGAGACCAGAUAUAGUGAAUGCAGGGUCCGGGGAGAGCGGAUAUAGUGAAUGCAGGGUCCUGGGAGACCAGAUAUAGUGAAUGCAGGGUCCGGGGGGAGACCAGAUAAAGUGAAUGCAGGGUCCGGGGAGACCGGGGAUUACUGAAUGCAGGUGUCAGUGGGAGGAAUAGUGCCCCAUCAUUGGUGUCAGGGGGAGGAAUAGUG